AUGGGCCUUCCAGGUCCUCCAGGAAGCCCCGGGCGUCGAGGAUUCACCGGGUUCCGAGGGUCUCGGGGCUUUAUCGGCCGGCAGGGACUCAAAGGUCAGAAAGGCGAGACUGGGGAGAAGGGAGAUCAAGGGAGGAAUGGGUGGCAUGGUGCUAAGGGAGACAUGGGUCUGAAAGGUGACAAGGGCGACCAGGGCAGAGAUGGGUUGCCAGGAGGGAGAGGACCCCAGGGAAUGCCCGGGCAGUGCCCUGCUGUGUGCAACGGAGUGGACAGACUAGAGGAGCCGGGGCUCGCAGGGCCUGUGGGUGAGAAAGGGGAAUCAGGCAUUGUUGGCCCCCCUGGAGUGCCAGGGCAGAAGGGGGACCAGGGAGAAAUGGGUCCCAGAGGGGAGCCGGGACUCAAUGGCACGAAAGGAGACCAGGGUGAGCAAGGGGUGUGUGAGUGCACAGAUGGGCAUAAGGGACCUCAGGGAGAGGUGGGUCCACCGGGGCCUCAGGGGUUAAAGGGGGAGCCAGGUCCAAAGGGGGAUGAGGGGCUCCAUGGUCACAUGGGUGAGAAGGGAGCUACAGGGGAUAGAGGGAUACCUGGACCCUGCUCACCUACUGUUCAGUCUGCAUUUUCAGCAUCCCUGAGAGACAUCAACCCCAGGCCCAACCUGCCAGUGCCUUUCACAGAGGUGAACUACAAUCUUCAAAACCACUAUAACCCACAGUCCGGGAUCUACAUGGCGCCAGUAAACGGCACGUAUGUCUUCUCCUACCACCUGUGCGCCAACAGUAAGGCAUUGACGGUGGGCUUAUUUCGGGACUACAAGUCCAUUGUCAGAAGCACACAACUUGAUGACCUGGGCAAAGUGUCUCAGAUGGUGGUGCUCCACCUGAGUGCCGGUGAACGGCUCUGGCUUCAGGUUAAAGACAGCAACACCAACGGGAUGUACGCGGGCCCUGAAAGCAGCAGCACCUUCUCUGGCUUCCUGCUGUACCCGGAUGCCUGUGAUGCUUCUCAGAGCAGAAACUUCCCACUGAACAGUGACUACACUGAUUACAGCUGGGGGGAUGACGAAUCUGUAAGUGAGCCCACCCCCGGCUCUAGCACCUCCUCACCCUAAUGCCACAGCCUGCCUCUCCCCCUCAACCACAAAAAAAGGUGCCAACUCCUCACUGAAACAGGAUUCCCCCUCCUCCCAACUUGGUUGAAUAAAACAGUCAUUGGUUUCUACCAGUUACUAAGGUACAUUUGUAUCUUAUGGGAACUCUUAUUUAGAAAGUAAACAUGGCAUGUUUUGCUUAAUCUUUCUUUUUGUCCGUUUAAAACCUAAGCAAGCUCUGAGUGUCUGAACUGUGGAUCUGUCCUGUUUAGAACCCCAGGCACUCCCUUGUUACUUGUGGGGCUGGGAGGAUGGGAGUGGGGGUAAGAAGUUGAAGUGAAGCAGACUUUGGCACCUUUUUUUCAGCUGAGUAAUUUCUUUUAAGUUCAGCGCUCCCUCUAUAGGAAAAUUCAAAAUUGUGUCUAAUUAAAGUGAAGCUUUGUUCUAUGUAAAUCUGAGAAAUAAAAAUGCUAUAUCAGACUGUUUGAAAAAAAAUAUCUUUAAUUUACUAUUCAGAGAACCAUUUUUUUCUAAUUCUUCUUCAGUGACACCUGUGAGAAGGAAACAAUGGUUAAGGACUGAAAAUUGACUUGUUUUUUUGGUACACAGUCUUAUAUAAUCCUAAUGGCAGUCUGUGUUAAAUAAGCAAUUGUACUCUGUGCUAAGAUAUAAUGCAAAGAUGAGUAUCGCUCUGUAUCAUUCUUGAAAACGUGGUCGUUACCCAGUUAACAAAUCAGUUAAGAUCUUUGAAACAAAUUGUGGCAAUGU